AUUUUAAGCUGCAUUUCAUAGAAGGACUUGCUCAUUAAACAUUUAUGACUGAAAUUGCUUCUCUGGCUGACUGACUUCACCGGCUACACGGCACACAUUUCCACAGGUGUCCGCUACACGGUGCUAGUGAACGAAGCCGGAGAGAGUCUGCGGUGCUGCCGCCCGGUGGCGCCGACACCCCGUGGUUUUCAGUCCCCGGGUUGCAUGUCAGGAUGGCGGCGGCGGCUGGAGCUGAGGCCGCGGCCAGGUGUUUGGAAGAAUCGUCAGACAGCGAGCCGGAGCAGGAGCCCGGAUCUCCGCAGAAACUGAUCCGCAAAGUGUCCACCUCCGGCCAGAUCCGAAGCAAGACCAUUCUGAAAGAGGGCAUGCUGAUGAAACAGACCAACUCCUUCCAGCGCUGGAAGAAACGGUACUUCAAGCUCCGAGGACGGACACUCUACUAUGCAAAAACGGCCAAGUCCAUCAUCUUCGAUGAGGUGGAGCUCACGGACGCAAGCGUCGCGGAGUCCAGCACGAAGAAUGUCAACAACAGUUUCACGAUCAUCACGCCGUGCCGGAAGCUGAUCCUGUGUGCCGAGAACCGCAAAGAAAUGGAGGACUGGAUCGCAGCAUUGAAGAGCGUUCAGAACCGGGAACACUUUGAGUCCACCCAGUACAGCAUGGACCAUUUCUCAGGGAUGCACAACUGGUACGCCUGCUCUCACGCGCGCCCCACCUACUGCAACGUGUGUCGAGAGGCUCUGUCGGGGGUCACCUCUCACGGAUUGUCCUGUGAAGUGUGUAAGUUCAAAGCCCACAAGCGCUGUGCCAUCAGGGCAACCAACAACUGUAAAUGGACCACUCUGGCUUCCAUCGGCAAGGAUAUCAUCGAGGAUGAGGAUGGGAUUUCCAUGCCUCACCAGUGGCUGGAGGGGAACUUGCCGGUCAGCGCCAAGUGCACCGUGUGUGACAAGACCUGUGGCAGUGUACUGCGCCUGCAGGACUGGCGCUGCCUGUGGUGCAAAGCCAUGGUACACACAGCGUGUAAAGAGCUCUUGUCCAAUAAGUGUCCGCUGGGUCAGUGCAAAGUGUCCGUCAUUCCCCCAACUGCCCUCAACAGUAUCGACUCAGACGGUUUCUGGAAGGCCACCUGCCCUCCUUCCUGCACCAGCCCCCUCCUCGUCUUCGUCAACUCCAAGAGCGGCGACAACCAGGGGGUGAAGUUCCUGCGGCGCUUCAAACAGCUGCUCAACCCGGCCCAGGUCUUCGACCUGAUGAACGGGGGUCCCCACCUCGGCUUGCGGCUCUUCCAGAAGUUCGACACUUUUCGCAUCCUGGUGUGCGGUGGGGACGGGAGUGUGGGCUGGGUGCUGUCGGAGAUUGAUGCUCUCACUCUGCACAAGCAGGUCACCGAGGACUGCAGCGAGGACUCCGAGGUGCAGCAGAUUCUCACCUAUGAGGACUCCGUGGCAGCACACCUGUCCAAGAUCCUGACCUCGGACCAGCACUCGGUGGUGAUUUCCUCAGCCAAGGUGCUGUGUGAGACCGUGAAGGACUUCGUGGCCCGAGUGGGGAAGGCCUACGAGAAGACCCCGGAGAGCUCUGAGGAGUCCGAGGCCAUGGCCAAAAAGUGUGGGGUCUUGAAAGAGAAGCUCGACUCGCUGCUCAAGACGCUGAACGAGGAAGCUCAGGCCUCCAGCAUGCUGCCCACCCCCCCGCCUACCAUAGCGGAGGAGCAGGAAGAAGGGGAGGGGGUGGUGCUGUCCGCGCCAGCUGUCCCGCCGGCGCCCUGCUCCCCUCGCGCGGCCUCCGCCAUCUUCAAACCUCGGGAGCAGCUCAUGCUAAGAGCCAACAGCCUGAAGAAAGCCAUCCGGCAGAUCAUCGAGCACACGGAGAAGGCUGUGGAUGAACAGAACGCCCAGACCCAGGAGCAGGAGGUGUUCGUGCUCAGUCCAUCCUUGGAGGAGGAGAGCCGCACAGAAGACAAGCUCUCUCUCCAGUCCUCCCAGAGCGGGAACAACGCCUGCCACAACACCAAGGCCCGGCCCGCUCGCCGAGUGUCCAAAUCACCAUGCGAAAAACUGAUCAGCAAGGGGAGUUUAUCGCUGGGCAGUUCAGCAUCGCUCCCAGCACAGACCGGAAACCGGGACAACAUGCCAAUGCUGAACACCAAAAUUCUGUUCCCAAAUUUGAGAGCAGGCAUGUCUGGAUCCCUUCCUGGCAGCUCAGUCAUCAGCAGACUGCUGGUCAAUGCCGACCCCUUCAACUGCGACCCAGAGAACCUUGACUGUUACACUGAAAAAUGUGUGAUGAACAACUACUUUGGAAUCGGACUGGAUGCAAAAAUCUCCCUGGACUUCAACAACAAGCGAGAUGAACACCCAGAAAAGUGCAGGAGCCGCACGAAGAACAUGAUGUGGUACGGGGUCCUGGGGACGAAGGAACUGCUCCAUCGGACCUACAAGAACCUGGAGCAGAAGGUGCUGCUGGAGUGUGACGGGCGACCCAUCCCACUGCCCAGCUUGCAGGGCAUUGCUGUGCUCAACAUACCCAGCUAUGCCGGGGGCACCAACUUCUGGGGGGGCACCAAGGAGGAUGAUACCUUCACAGCGCCCUCUUUCGAUGACAAGAUCCUGGAGGUGGUUGCGGUGUUCGGCAGUAUGCAGAUGGCCGUGUCCCGGGUCAUCAACCUGCAGCACCAUCGCAUUGCACAGUGUCGCACCGUGAAGAUCACCAUCCUGGGGGACGAAGGUGUGCCGGUGCAGGUGGACGGGGAGGCCUGGGUCCAGCCUCCAGGGUACAUCCGCAUCGUCCACAAGAACCGCACGCAGACCCUCACCAGGGACAGGGCCUUUGAGAACACCCUGAAGUCCUGGGAGGACAAGCAGAAGUGUGAGUUUGCCCGCCCUUCGGCCCAGCAUGCACUGCACCCAGGGAUCGUGUCAGAGGAAGAAGCGGCUCAGAUCAACCUCUUCGGCCAGGCAGCCGGUGCCCUCAUUCACAGUAUCCGAGAGAUUGCCCAGUCUCACCAGAACAUGGAGCAGGAGCUCGCCCACGCGGUCAACGCCAGCUCCAAGUCUAUGGAUGUUGUUUACGCCAAAUCGAAGAACACAGAGGGCCUGAACUGCAGUGUGGUGAUGGAGAUGGUGAGCAACGUCAAAGCACUGCACAACGAAACAGAGCUCCUGCUGGCUGGAAAGAUGUGCUUGCAACUGGAUCCUCCUCAGAAGGAGCAGCUGACCAGUGCCCUGAGCAGUGUAGACCAGCAGCUCCGCAAACUGGCAGACAUAUCGUGGCUGUGCCAGGUCAUUGAGCCCUCAGACGACGAGGCUCACAUGGAGUUUGCCAAACGGAGUCGCAGCGCAAAGUUUCGCCUGGUGCCCAAGUUUAAGAAGGACAAGAAUAACAAGAAUAAGGAGGCCAGUGCCAGCUUGGGGCUACCAGUGCAUCAGUGGGGAACGGAGGAGGUGGCGGCCUGGCUGGAACUGCUCAGCCUCUGCGAAUACAAGGAAAUCUUCAUUGGGCACGAUGUCCGGGGCACUGAGCUCCUGCACCUGGAGAGGCGCGACCUCAAGGAUCUUGGGGUGACGAAAGUGGGUCACAUGAAGAGGAUUUUGCACGGGAUCAGGGAACUGAGCCGGACCACUCCUGCCAGCGAGGUGUAGUCUCUCUCUUCACAGCCUGUGCUUGUGACUCCAGACCCCGGAGGUGACCAGGCUGUGCAUCAUCACGGAGCUCUUGGUUGAGUGUCUCCAGUGACCAGCUGCUAAGCUCAUGUCUGUCCAUCUCAAACUAGUUCCAAACUAGCUCUGUGCUGCCCCAAUGCCUCCCACCCCACACCCACCUAGUGCUUUGAGACUUUUCUGACAGGGACCAGUGACAUCACUGCACCUCCUCUCCCAUGAGGGCUUUUCAAACAGUGCUCUAUUCCUUUAAGCCACACCUUCGAUCAGUGGACCAACCAGAAGCUCGUUGUGCCUUAAGUGGUCUGAUUAAUCGGCCAAUCACACUGCACCUUCUAGUGCCAUCGACCAAUCCCGGCACAGCUCCAAGCAGAAGCUGAUUCAUGCUUUGGUCUUGCAUUCAUAGUGUUGCCUUGGUGCAAGAUUGUUGUCCAAAACAUCACUAAGGCCUUGAACUAGAAAGGAAAGCAGCCUUUGUUCUUAUUAAUACCGGAAAAAAAACAUGAAAAGGGCCUUCAUGAGUGAACUCCUUUUCUUAAGUUUAAGGAUUUAGUAUGUCUAACAAACCAGCUGUUUAAAAUCGAAAGCUGCCUUUACUUCUGUAAAGAGUUAUCAGGAAAAAUGUCUCAAAGAAACCAAGUUUUCACUUUGUGAAAAUUCCUUUAUCUGCCAUUCCUGCUUGUAUGUGGUGUAAAAAACUUUAAUUAGAAAUCAAGAUAUUGUUAAUGGAGUGGUGGACGAAUUAAUUUAGUUGGAUUAUUGAAAAACAGCACUCAUCCCCUCUUUGGGCUUAUACAGUUUAAACUAACCUGUGUUUUGCAGUUGUUGCCUUGUGGCAGUCAAUCUGGCUUAAAACUAAGAGCUGCUUCUGAAAGCCACGUUAGAAAACAGUGAAUGUUCACAAACAGCACUUUGCCAGUCUGUUACUCCUGUGUAACAGACCAAACACUUGCUAUGAUGUCAUACCUACAUGCAAAAAUCCUGGACACCAGCACAGCCAAUCAGAACACAGCCAUGCCUUAUUUGACCAAUAAGCAGCAAGUAUUCUGAAUUCUGUCCAGUUCAGUUUUUUUUCUGUCACCAGAAAUUCCAUGAUUAACUUGAAAUGGAUCAAGUCAAACUCUUUGGCAGUAGGAGUUCCUGACCAGUCUAAUGUUUCAACAUAUGUCUUUUCUGUGCUUUUGUUUUGACAUCACCUGAAAAUGUUCACAUCAUCUCUUAGCUGCUCAUUUUUUCAUGAUCCCAGUGAGUGAACUGUAUAUACAGAGCCUAGAUAAUAUUAAUCCACUGGGUUCAUUUGUAUUCUCAAAUAUUUGACCUAAAGCAGCUUCAUGAAAUUUUUAAUAAUCUGAUUAAACAUAACACAAAGACAUUAAAUGUAUUUAGAUUAUUUAACAUAAUGAUCCAGAAGCAGAUAUCCUCGUGUGAACAAGUGUGUGAACCCUUAGAUUUAGUAACAUGUAGCACCUCCUUGAGCAGAAAUGACUUUAACACUUAUAGGAAACAUAGUUGAUCAGUCUCUGGCAUCAGAGGCUUUUAGACCCUUUCUUAUUUUUAAAACUGCAUCAUGUCGGUGACAUUUGAGAGCUUCCUUGCAUGAACAGCUCACUUCAGGUCCUGCCUCAACAUUUCAGUGAGGAUUAGUUCCAGACUUUGACUUUGGCCAAUCCAAAAUGUAAAAUCAUGUCUUCAGCUAUUCUAAUGUGUUCUGAUCUGUGUGUUCAGUUUUAGUCUUUGUUGCUAAGGGAAGUGCCAGCAGCUACUGAAUCUAAAUUGCAUCAUCCAGAUGGGUGGUGGAGGGGAGUCCCCACUACCUGUAAAGCGCUUUGAGAGGAGCGUCCAGAAAAGUGUUGUAUAAGUGUAAGGAAUUUAUUUUAAGUUUUUUUCUUUAAGGGUUCAUGUACUUAUUCAAAAGAGGCUAUUUACUAUUUUAUCAUUUUGUUAAAUAAUUCAAAACUAUCAUAUCUUUGUUUGAUAUGUUUAUUUUACUAUUUUUUUUGAAGACUUUAAUUGUUUUUGGUCUAAAAUUUAUAACGGGUCAGACCAACCUAGGGGGUUCAUGAACUGGGCACUGUAGCUGUGGUAAACUAGCAAAUAGCAGUGCUGAAUUGGUUUUUACAUUAAUUUUCCCAAUUGUGCCAAAGGUUAGAACUAUUACUAGGGAAGUGUCAUAUCUACCUGGAAUGGACUAGUGCUCCAGGAAUGUGUGUAAUUUAGAACAGAAAUGGAAAACCGUUCCUGUGCAUGGAUAGUAUUUUUUUGGAAGGGGGUAGGCUUUUUCUUGGAAAAACAGUAUUUUUUAAUUUACAAAAACAGAAACAAAGUGGGGGAAAAAAAAACAAAGCAAAAACCUACAGUAGUUUUUCACUGUAACAAGAGCUCUCUAAAUGUCUAAAAUGCGUUAGACAUCAUAUAAAAAACAAUCCUGGUAUUUUUCAGUAUUUGAGCAAGCAAGCCACAGUCAAGGAUUUUUUGUCUGCCCAACAGUUUUGACUGUCCCUUGAAGAGCUCUUGCGUAAAGCUUUACUGGUAACCUGAUAUUGUUUUGUCCUUUCUUUUGCUAGGACAGUCAUGUUUCUCUGUCUAUUGUGUUAACAAAGCACAGCUGUUUUCCUUGUGUCUACACAGGUCUAUUUGCUGUUUGACAGGUACUAAUACAGUGGCAUCCUCAUGGACAGGUUGUGGUAGUCAGCAGGGUUGUGUUUUCUCUGCUGUAUUCUAAAGCCCCCUUUUCUAGGUAUGAAGAGGAGAGAUUAGUUGCUCUUUCCGCUGUCCUGUCCCCUGUGUGUGCUUUUAAUCAGUUGCUGGUGAGUACACAGUGUACCCACUGCCAUGAGUCACUGGCUGCUACCCAUGUCUUUCGGACUUGCUGCGCCGUGCCCUUGCGCUGGAUAUACCCAUCGUUUUCUAAAUCCCUUCCUGCUGCCUUGUGUUUUUCUACAUUUCUCAGUUUUGCAAUGGUCCAGGGUUUCAAUGCAAACAACUUCAUGCUGCUGUUCCCAGUACUGUUUUCUGUACUAUUCUUUUGUAGAUAAGUACAGAUUUGUAGAGGGUGUUUACCAAGUGUCAAGAAUUUGCCAAGCACAAGUUCCCCUGAUGUUAGAACCACCAUUCUAUAUCGCAUUACAGUUAUAUACUGUAAGCCCUAACUUGAUAAGGCUGCAAAGUCGGUAUAAUGUAGUCUGUAUAAUUCUACUUGAUAAAAGCUAUUGCUAAUAUUUUACCUCAUUUUGAUCAGAAAGAAGCCUACAGCCUUGUUUAGACUGCUCAGUUUGUCCUGUCUGAUGCAAAAUGAAUUUCACAGAUAAUGUCAUGAUAAUCCUUCUCAUUUGACACAUGAGCAGUGUCUUGACUCUGCGUGCUGUUGGUUAAUGAAGCUCUCCGAAUGCUUCCUUCUGACGUCUUUGCACAACAUGUCUUUGUGUUGUCUUGAAAUGAUCAAAGAACCUCGAAACUGGCUUUUUUAACGAAAUGAGCCGUUCAUGCUGUGAUGUAUUUACACUGACUUUCAGAAAUCUAAAGGCCUUUGAAAGUGGGGCCUCACAAUUCUUCAGACUUUUGGGGUUUUUUAAGCAGGAGCUGUUAUCUUGUAACUGGAGGAGCUGUGACACCUUUUUGAUCCUUCAUUGACAGCUUUACAUUUCAUUGUGAAGCAGAAUCCACCUAGCUUUGGAUUGUUCACCCACUAACUGGGAACUUGAGCUUUGUGUGGAGCAUCAUGAGACAGGUUAGUUUUACCCUUCUGCUGAGGUGUUGUUGGCAGUGGUUAUCCUGUUUAGUAAGAGAGGAAACUCAGGUUCAGACAUAGGGUGUCUGUGCUUGCCUGAGGCGCCAGUGGUGCAAAGCUGGCAUCUGUGGGGUUACAACUGAACCCCUCCAAGUCAGAAAGGUGACUGACAGGGAAGAAAGCAGGGUGAGCCCAGCCAGGUAGCAUCUGCAGCGGCAGACCUAGGGUGUGUUCUGCUCAGAAACAUCUUAUUUUAAUUAACCCAAAACUGUCCUGUUCCUGUUUUGUCAAUGAGAGAUGUAGUGACAUGCCAUCAGAGCUCUUAAACAGUUAACAGAAUGCAGCCGACAAACACUGUUGUGUUACCUAGGCCACACAGACAUGAUGCUCAAUACUCAAGUGUGUCCUUGCAGGACAUGAUAUUCUGCACAACAUGUCAGAAACGAUUGUACUUCCCCUUCUUGUUUAAUUGAAGAGCUCGCUAUUUAAUGGGAUCUUAUCUAUCAAAUUGAACAUAUUACUUUUGCUUUCUUUUUUAGCCACUUUUGAUAGUGUUGGGUCAGCUGUCAUUCUAGUAAGAGAGCAACUUCUGAGAAGAGGGAAUUCUCGAGCGCUGCUGCCUGUCAGUAACGGGUCAAGGGAAGGGCAUUGAUCUGCCUCCUCCUCAGUCUGUCUAAGCUGAGUCUCCAGUCGCCCAUAUUCCUGGACUAGUCACUGUUUUGUUGUUAGUUCCCACGCUGAUUGCCUUCCUGGGUUCAUCAGAUUGCAGGAGUGAACACUGUGUGAGCUGUUUAUUUAUAUCAGAAAUACAUUGGUGAUAAACUUCAUGCUGCGGAGUCAUAAAGUCAGUGAUGCGUACCGCUCAAGUGGCAGUACAGCGAGGAACAGGCAACAGUGUUUCUUCUGGUGUAGAAUAAUGCGAUGGAUUCGUUUUUUUGCUGCACACAGCUUAAUUUCCCAUAUCUCCACAUAGAUCAAACAAGCUGUAGUUUUAGAAACAGUUGCUUGCAUAUAAUGGAUAAGAUCUAGAUGACAAAUUCGUUAGGAAAAUGCAUUCCGCAAUGUCGGUGAUCAGAUACACAACAAAGCAUUGUUGACAAACGUCACGUCCUUUAAAAGUGAAACCUGUCAGAUUAAAAUGCAUUAGUGGGUUCAUAUUUGGCGACCCCCUGAGUGCUCGCAGAGCUCGCUGUUGCUAAUCUAGACGAAGAGAUUCAAAAUUGCCCAACCUGGCAUAUUCCCAUCAUAGAUUGAUAUGUCAGCUUUAAUAAGUGCAUGUAAACUAUGGCAUCCAGUCCUUCUUCUAUCUGAAAUCCCUGCUCUUGGGUUUCCAGAUGCAUUGGUUCUGCUGCUUGGUGCCAGAAGAAUGUCCCCAGAGUCCCCGGCCACAUAUUGUCAGGGCUGGUCAUGGGAAACCGGAAAUGAUACAUUUUUAAACAUUUCCAGAUAACCUUUGCAGUAAGGGUAGGAUUGAGAAUGUGAAAGCACAUUUUCCCAGAGCUCCCAGCACACCCACUCUUUCCCUGUCCUGUGUUUUUUUUUUGGCACUUUCGACCAGCCUGUGUGUCGAUACUGGCAGGAGGCUGCCGCCCUGUGAUUGCUCUGCCCUGCUGCAGUCCCGUGUGUGGGCGUCAAGCCAGUCAAGUGGGACACAAACGACCGCUGUGUAUUGGAGAACCCUGAUGAAAAGGAUUUUAAAUAUGCAAGGUUUUAGGGGGAGAUGCAUGUUUUAAUACAAUUUCAUGGAAGUUUAGAAAUGAGAGUGCUGGUCUCCAUGCUGUAUGUACUGUACUGCACAUUUACACCCAACAGCUUUGUGAGAUGUACUCUGUGUUGCCAUGUAUCUGUUAGUCAGCUACACAAUGGAUGUGCAAUCUAAUGUUCGAUUACACUCGCCCCACUUCCAUCUAUCUUGAUCUUGGAUGUCUUGAAGGGUUUGUGUUGGUGAUUCUGUCAUUUUAAAAGAGCUGGAUUUCCACACAAAAAAACAUGAAAAUGCUCCUGUCACUGUUUCAAAGGAGCAGUGCUCCAGUGUGAUGGUGGUUCUGUAAAGGGGAGACAUGGAGGUUGGGGAGGGAGUUGUGAAGUCAAAUGUAUGGUACUGGGCUCAUUGCACGUCUUAGCAGAAAUUGAAAAUGUCCAGUGUCCUGGGAAGGUCCUUUUCACCUCAUGAACACACCUCUCCUCCCAUCAAAGCUGUAGGGGACAGUGGCAGAGGCAUGUUUUCUGUGAUUUAGAGGUUGACAACAGCGGUUGCCUUUUCUAUUCCAUUCAACGAAAGUCUGUCGAGUGUAAAAGGUGAGAAUGGUGACAAUCCUGGCCCUCCCCACCACCCACUUCAGCCAUAACACACCCUUGUGGAGUUUAUUUCAAAGUUCUUAGCGGUUUGGCUGAUUGUUGGUUUUCCUCAUGGUCUGACACUAUGGGUGCCACAAAGAGGUCUGCAUUCCAUGGGGCACAGUGCUCAGAGGAGUCACUCAUAUCACAUAUCACUGCAGGAGGCCUGUGCCCCAGCCCAGACUGGGGUCAUCUCAUUCGCAACUCCUGUUUUGAGUAUUUAUUGUUUUAAUUUAUACCUGUUCAAGGUCUGUUGUCUCUUGAUACAUCUGUGUACAUAAUCCCACAGGAGGGAUGUAAAUACAUUGUUCUUGUACAGAAAGCACCAAUCUUCCAUUAAAAUAUCUGUUUUCAUU